AUGUUGCAUGUGUAUGGAUCUUUCUUUGUCCAUGGGCUGGAUCCAUCUUGGGCCAAGACAAGAUUAUACUUCAACACAAACACCAAUUGGGCUGGUGUUGAUCUUCAACAUAUUCGUGUUCACGGCUCUGAUCAAGGUGGUAAGGGUAAUGUUCAUAAGCUGUCCCUUGUAAUAACACUAGUCUCAGCAACAGCAGGAUUGCUUACAAUAUUAUUUGGCUAUUUAUUGUGGAAGAAAACUUUGAGAAAUGAAGGCAGAGGGAGCACAGGAGGAAGUAAAAGUGAGGCUAUAAGCAAUGUUAGCGUUGGAGGAGGAAAGAAUGAAACCGAACUACCACUCUUCAGUUUAAGGAGUAUAGUAGCAUCUACAAACAACUUCUCUGAAGCUAAUAAACUUGGAGAGGGAGGGUUUGGCCCUGUUUAUAAGGGGAUUUUGACUGAAAAUGAAGAAGUAGCGAUAAAAAGGCUGUCAAGGAAGUCAGGGCAAGGACAUCAGGAGUUCAUGAAGGAGUUAAAGCUUAUAGCCAAGCUCCAACAUACCAAUCUCGUUAGGCUCUUGGGUUGCUGCAUUGAAGAGGAGGAAAUUAUAUUGAUAUACGAGUUCAUGCCCAAUAGAAGUUUGGACAAAUUCUUGUUUGAUUCAUCCGAAAAUACAAAACUGGAUUGGGGUACACGCUUUCGAAUUAUAGAAGGUGUUGCUCAAGGAGUACUUUAUAUCCACAAGUACUCCAGGUUGAAAAUCAUUCACAGGGACCUAAAAACAAGCAAUGUUCUGUUGGAUGGAACAAUGAACCCCAAAAUUUCAGACUUCGGGAUGGCAAAAAUUUUCGGGAUGGAUCAAACUGAGGCAAAUACAAACAGGGUUGUUGGAACAUACGGCUACAUGUCACCUGAGUAUGCACUUUACGGCCAUUUUUCAGAGAAACUGGAUGUGUUUAGCUUUGGAGUGUUGCUCUUAGAGAUUGUAAGUGGAAAGAGGAAUUCUGCUUUUCAUCGUCUUGAACAGCUGCUUAGUCUUGCUGGAUGGGCAUGGGAGUUAUGGAAAGAAGGUAGAGGAAUGGAGGUGAUUGAUGAGUCAGUAAGGGAAACAUGCCGUCUGGAUGAAGCUCUGAAGUGUAUCCAUGUAGGGAUUUUGUGUGUCCAAGAAGCUCCAGCUGAUCGACCAACAAUGUCUUCUGUAGUUUUUAUGCUGAACAAUGAAGCUACAUCACUUCCACCCAUCAAAGAACCUGCUUUUUCAAUGCCGAGGAAGUCCAGUCAUGUUGGCUCUUCUUCUUUUUCUCAAAAUUCGACAACUUUUUCCAAUAAUGCAGUCACCAUUAGUAUGCCAGAAGCUCGAUAAUGGCUCAUUAGUGUUUCCU